UAACCCUAACCCUAACCCUAACCCUAACCCUAACCCUAACCCUAACCCUAACCCUAACCCUAACCCUAACCCUAACCCUAACCCUAACCCUAAGCUCAGGGAGACGAACAAGUGGAUGGUGGUUGCGUCGCACGGCCAUGUGCUUGGACCUCACCACGAUGCAGACGAUGCCCUCCGCAAGCACGGGCUGAAAAGCUUCAUCGACGCUUUUGGCAGUCCGGAUCCCGAUGAGCUCGACUCGGAUCUCAAUAGCUAG